GAGUGGGCAAUUUGAACAAUUAUGAACACUCUGGAUCAAGGUAUGGUCUUGAAUAAGAGCAAAUUUAGCUGCUACUGUCAUGACUGGCACAGUUCUUUGCAAUGGGAAGCGGGAACAAGAAGAAUGAACAGUGCAUUUACAGGCAGUUUUCUGGCCUUCCUAGUCAUUGUAACCACCAUCCAACAGGUCGACCUAACAUCUCUACAUACAAACAUCACAUGGCAUGCAACAACGUUACCAAAGAUACGAAUAAGACGGCAAGAUACAUCAGAAUUAUGCGACUUUGGUACUGAUACUGAACUUGGGUUGUGCGAAUGGAGUAAUAGAAAUGGGUCGGCAUUGCGCUGGGAAUUAGGAGCCGGGACUCUCAGUAAUUGGCUAGGAGGUCCGACUCGAGAUGCCAGCGGUAUAGAAGAUGCAGACAAAGGAGGAUAUGCAUUUUUUGAGACAUCCCUCUUAGCAGCACCUGUUUUAAGAGUUGAUGAUAUAACGAUCAGAGAAGGUCAAAAUGCUUAUUUAGAGAGCCCAGUUCUUGGGUCGACAGGCGCUGAAGGGAAAUGCAUCAGCUUCAGUUUUUCCAUUGACGGUUUGAGUGCUUCUGGACUUCGUGUGGUCCUUCAACCUGUGGGAAAGGAUGGUCGUCCCGAGUCAUUUUUCCGAGUCCUCUGGGGCUCUAAAGACCCAACGAAUAAAAUGUGGAUGAACGCUGAAGUACUUUACACAUACAACAAAAACCAUCAGAUAGUUUUUGAAGGUGUCGCAAAAGAUUUACCUGAUCCGUAUCGAAAAUACAGAGGGUAUGUUGCAGUCGAUAAUAUUAUUUUAAAAACUGGAGGAGAAUGCAAAGGCCACUGUACAUUCGAAGGAGGAUUUUGUGGAUGGUUAAAUGAAGAAAAUGAUGAUUUCGAUUGGUCAUUGGGAAGAGGUAGUAGAAAUCCUUCAACAGGGCCUGCGACCGACAGAUCCAGUUUUAUAUACGGCGGAAUGGAAGGAGGAUACACAUACAUAGAUUCUUCUUAUCCCAGACGACCUGGAGAUGUCGCUAGGUUAUCAAGCGCAGAAUUUGAACCAACAUCCCCUGACACACCAUUGUGUCUAAGGUUUUGGACACAUAUGUUUGGCAAUGGCGUCGGAUCACUGAGUAUACUUAUAAGCGAUACGAGGGAAAGGCAAGAUAGGGAGAUAUGGUCAUUGUCAGGAGAAGCAGGAAAUGCCUGGUAUCAAGCCGAAGUAUCUGUAUCUUCUCAGAACGCGUUUAAGAUUGUUCUACUGGGUAAAAUUGGGAAAAACAAUUUAGGUGAUAUUGCAAUCGACGAUAUCUCCCUUACUCCUGGAAGCUGUCCAACUGCACCACAAAUCGCUGCUCCUGGUUCAGGUGAUUGCACGUUUGAAGUGGACGAAUGUGGCUGGAGCAAUGUCGUGUCCAGAGAGAGACUGGAUGACAUUGAUUGGGAGAGAUCCUCAGGGCAAUCCGUAAGGACAACUGCAAGAGAUCAUACUCUUGGAACAGAAAAAGGAUACUUGAUGACACUUGCAAGAAGUACGGUUCAAAGACCUGGCAAUCGAGCUUGGUUUACAUCGAGAGAUUUAAAGCCAGCUUCAGGCCCUCGAUGCUUAUCAUUCUGGUUUAUAAUGAAUGAACCGUUCAUCGAUAAUUCAGGGCCGAGCCUUGGCGCUCUGACUAUUUACACGAAGAAAGGUAUUGAAAAUGAUUCACCGAUGAAACCGGUUUGGAGAUUGUACAACCACCAAGGCCCUGAGUGGCAAUACGCACAAGCUCCCAUUGCAGAACCGAACGAUCUGAUACUCAUUGAAGGUAUUUGGGGCUCAAGCAGAUCAAACGGUUUCAUUGCUUUUGAUGACAUAACAUUUUUUGGCGGAUCGUGUUCAACAUUGCCCACUGGAGCUAUGGUCCGAUCAGCAGAGUGUCGAUUUGAAAGAGAUAUGUGUGGCUGGUCAAAUGGUACAGAAAAAAGUUCAGCUUCGUGGAGAUUAGCGACUAGUGCAAGACGACCAGCUAACCUAGCGGAUAAAACAUUCGGAUCACCAGAUGGCUACAUUUACUAUGAUCUGUUCAACCAAAUUUUGGGAAGCAACAUGGUUAGAUUGGUUUCCCCAGCAAUAGCCGGUGGUGAGGAACAGCAAUUAUGCCUGUCAUUUUGGUACGCAGCUUUUGGGGCAGGCGAUUCUGCUUUGAUGCAAGUGAUACGUCAAGACAACGGAUCUUCGAACAGUCAAGACGUUGAAAAAAUAUGGUCGUUAGAAGUGAAGAACAUGGACACAACAAGGCCUUUAUGGUUGCCGGCGCAGGUCACAGUUGACUCUAGCACAGACUUUCACAUAGUGCUUGAAGGUCAGGCGACGAAUGGUGGUUUUGCUGUCGAUGAUAUAUCUUUCACCCCUGGAGCAUGCCCAACUCGGCCUGAAAAAGCAGAAAUCAAAAGUCAAGAACUCCAAAAUGCCCCGUAAGAUUUAGGAAUCAGAAAGGAUCAAUAAAAUGAAGUUCAAUCAAUAUUUCGAUCAAAACUAUGAUGAAUUCAAUUUAAACCGCACUGCUUACCAUCAAAGACAUUUAACUUCAUGUGCUGAAGAGCCCACGGACAUGGACACAGUCAACAUAGAUCUUCCAAACAACAAUUUUUUUUUAUAACUUAAGAUUUAUAAACUCUCACUUUCUCUGAUAGCGUUGAACAAUUUACAAUUUUAUACUUUCAAGAAGGAAUUGGUUUUAAAUUAUAUUUUUGCUAAGGCAUUGUGUUAUCAUUUGUGAUUUAUUGUGUAUAUAUGUUUAGUUUUAAAAAGUUUUGUAUUA